AUUUGCUCGCGAGGAUCUGGUCACUACUAUUAGCGAGCUAGCAUCACAGUGUUUAGCCGCAGUUCGCUAACGCAAACAAAGCAGACUUAGCGCAUUUUAGGUGUGCAGCUCAGAGUCUGGAGUUGGUGAAAGUAUGGGAGACCCUUCCCUAAGCCGGGACUGCCCACUGGAUUGUAAAGUAUAUGUUGGUAAUUUGGGCAACAGUGGUAACAAAACUGAGUUGGAGAGAGCAUUUGGCUAUUAUGGUCCCUUGAGGAGCGUGUGGGUGGCAAGAAAUCCCCCCGGCUUUGCUUUUGUGGAGUUUGAGGACCCCAGAGAUGCAACUGAUGCUGUGAGGGAGCUUGACGGAAGAACACUGUGUGGUUGUCGAGUGAGAGUUGAACUGUCCAGUGGUGAAAAACGGUCAAGGUAUCGAGGACCACCCCCUUCUUGGAAUCGUCGCCCUCGUGAUGAUUAUAGACGCCGCAGCCCACCCCCUAGACGCCGGUCUCCUAGGAGACGGAGCUUUAGUCGUAGUCGGAGCAGGUCCCUUUCCAGAGAGAGGAAAAGAGAGAGGUCUUUGUCCCGCGAUAGAAACUAUAAACCUUCAAGAUCUUUCUCAAGAUCACGCAGUCGUUCACGUUCCAAUGGUCGGAAGUGAGAAAUGUUGAAGGCCAGCCUCAUCACCGUAAAGAUCAUCACCGUGCCUGUGCGCACCUCCUCAAAAGACUAGGAUGAUUGGAAACAGUGAAUUUUUUUUUUUUUUUUUGCCCCCAGUCUUUUAUAGAAUGUGUCUUCCCCAUAGUGUUCUGACUCUCAUUUUUUAAAGAUUUCUGUGCUUAAUGGGUAGCAGUGGUUUCAUCCUGACUAAAUGCCUGAAUGUAAUUUUCUGCUCUUUGAGCAGUGAAAAAUUCUGAAUCAAAUAACUCAUGUCUGACUUAGAUGAUCAUUUGAAACCUUUUUUUUUUUGUAUGCUGUUUUUGUUUGUACUUCCAUUAAAAUAAGUUCCUUAUUAA